UCUGCAGCGCAUGCGUGCGGGCUGCGCUUGCGCACUGACAGCCGCGGCGCAGCGCUGCUUGGUGGUGCCGGCCUCUGGACCGAGCGGCCAUGGGGUGGCAGGCGGCUGGGUCGCUGAGAGCCAGGUAGCAGUAGGGCAGCAGGGACCGCUGGCUCGGCCCAGCAUGUAGACGUCCACGCGGGCGCGCGGCAGCCGACGGCACCAGUGUUUUUUUCAUAUCAACUAUGGAAAUGGAACAAGAAAAGAUGAACUUGAGUAAGGAGCUGAGUCCUGACUCAGCCUCCUACAACUGCUCAGCAUGUCAUGGGGAUGAGACCUGGAGCUACAAUCACCCCAUCCGGGGCCGGGCCAAGUCUCGGAGCCUGUCAGCCUCACCUGCCCUGGGCAGCACCAAGGAGUUCAGGAGGACCCGCUCUCUCCAUGGGCCGUGCCCAGUGACUACAUUUGGACCAAAGGCCUGCGUGCUACAGAACCCUCAGACCAUCAUGCACAUCCAGGACCCUGCAAGUCAACGGUUGACAUGGAACAAGUCUCCCAAGAGUGUGCUUGUCAUCAAAAAGAUCCGAGAUGCCAGCUUACUGCAGCCCUUCAAGGAGCUCUGCAUAUACCUCAUGGAGGAAAACAACAUGAUCGUGUAUGUGGAAAAGAAAGUUCUGGAAGACCCUGCUAUAGUGAGUGAUGAAAACUUUGGACCAGUGAAGAAGAAGUUCUGCACUUUCCGUGAAGAUUAUGAUGACAUUUCCAACCAGAUAGACUUCAUCAUAUGCCUUGGAGGAGAUGGCACCUUGCUCUAUGCCUCCUCACUUUUCCAGGGCAGUGUGCCUCCUGUUAUGGCCUUCCACCUUGGAUCCCUGGGCUUUCUGACCCCAUUCAACUUUGAGAACUUCCAAUCCCAAGUGAAUCAGGUGAUAGAGGGGAAUGCCGCUGUUAUCCUGAGGAGCCGGCUGAAGGUCAGAGUGGUGAAAGAGCCUAGAGACAAGAAGACAGCCAUCCACAACGGCCUCAGUGAAAAUGGUCUAGACACAGAGGGCGGAAAACAGGCUAUGCAAUAUCAGGUCUUGAAUGAAGUGGUGAUCGACAGAGGCCCCUCCUCAUAUCUGUCCAACGUGGAUGUCUACCUGGAUGGACACCUUAUCACCACUGUGCAGGGCGAUGGAGUGAUCGUGUCCACCCCGACGGGCAGCACAGCAUAUGCAGCUGCAGCCGGGGCCUCCAUGGUCCACCCCAACGUGCCGGCCAUCAUGGUUACACCCAUCUGCCCCCACUCGCUGUCAUUCCGGCCUAUCGUGGUCCCUGCAGGGGUCGAGCUGAAGAUUAUGCUGUCACCGGAAGCCAGGAACACAGCAUGGGUGUCUUUUGAUGGACGAAAGAGACAGGAAAUCCGCCAUGGAGACAGCAUCAGCAUCACCACCUCCUGCUACCCACUGCCCUCCAUCUGUGUUUGUGACCCUGUGAGUGACUGGUUCGAGAGCCUUGCCCAGUGUCUACACUGGAAUGUUCGAAAGAAGCAAGCUCACUUUCCAGAAGAUGAGGAGGACCAGGAUGAGGAGGACAGCUAGGCUACAUUUCCCAGCUUCCAACCUGAUCAGGCCCUCAAGCUUUUGGGGGCCUUCCUUCUCUUGCUCUCCUGCUGGCCUUCUGGCUGACCUGGCCUUGACAAACCACAUGGCUGUCCAGGCGUCUUUGUUCUGCCUGCCUUGCUGGGAGAGCUUGGGUCUGCCUUUUGCAGAACAGAUCAGCUUUUUAAUGUUUUUAGACCUCUUUUUCAUUUCUAAAAAAGCAAAAUGAUAACUGGGCUGGGUGUCCUACAUCUCUCCCAUGGACCCCCACAUCCCCCCUGAGAUUCCCAGGUCAGGAAUUCCCAUAAAUCAGUCUGUUGAAAUUCUGAGGGGGUCAGAAUGAAUUGAUCUUCCUUUUGAUAUUGAAAUAAAUGUCUCAGCCAGAAAUCUUCUUUUAACUGCAAUGCUUUUCCCCAGGGCCUGUACCUUUCCCCCUGGCAGCUUUGCUAUGGGUUGGCAAGGCAACCUUGCUCUUUGUGUUUCUGGAGAUGGCUAGGUACCUCUGAGUCUGGCCCCAAGACCUCUGACUCCUUCCAGAGCAGACAGAGGUAACACUUCGCACAGCCAUCCAGCAACCUCACAUUCCUCACACAACAGGGCAGCAGCUCCUGGGGACAUUUUAAAUCCUGUAUACACUUUUUAAAGGUUAUUUUAAACUUUCUGAAGUGAUUAUGUACAUAUUUUCUUGUACACACUUUGUGAAGAUUUAGAGGGGACUGCCUGUUGUCCAGUGUUUACAUUGUGUCCAGGACAGGGCUCUGUGCUUCCACUCCUCCCUUACACAGUGGCCACAAGGGUUUUGAGACCAGCUCACUGUUGACACCAGGCUUGUGGGCCUGCUCUCCUUCCAUCUGAGCAGCAGUCAUAUGGAGCCUAUGUGUGAUGCGUGUAUGUAAUGCAAGUCAUGUUAGCACAUGAGUGCCACACAGGCCCUGGACCCUUUGUGGAGUCAGUGGUCCACCACGGCACCUCAGCUAGGUAUCUCCUUUCAGUUUUGUCGUCACCUCUUAACAGCAGGAGUAGGAAGGAUGGACUGCCCAUUCUUUGACUGGCUUUUGAGGUGGAGUCAGGCUUUUGUCUCAUACUUCUAGGAAAGGUUUGUCAAUUGUUGUAGGACUGACCAACCACACUGAACUUUCUUCUACCUGUUAAAGUCAGGACCAUACUGGGCACCCGUGGAGCCCUAAGUGGUCUGGCUUCAGUGCUGUUAAGCCAUGGUGGCUUGUCCCCUCUGUCUGUGCUGUUCAUCUGUGACUGAGCACAGCAGGCCUCUGCUAUGAUCCAGAGGAGAGCAGGGUCUGAAGCAUAGGUCAUGCAUCAAAAAAGCAAGUGUUGGCAAAUCUAGAAGCAGCUGCCACCAGACUGAUCUAGAACACAUGGAGUUUUCACACGUAAAUUCUUAAUGUUUCAUAUUGUUAAUAUCUUAAAAUUUUGUUAAUUGUUAAUGAAGGCCUUAUUACUACUAUUUUCAGAUUCUUUCAAUAAAUAAACUUGUUUUAAAAAAAUUGA